AUGGGCGAGGACGGCAUAAAACUGCUUCAGCAGAGGCUGGCCGAACGAACCCGCGAACAUAAAGCCACGCGAGAAGCAGCCCUAGAGAGCAAAUUUCGUAAGCUGCCUGCUCCAAUGUCAUCCAAGAACGACAAACUGGUGCACAACUUGUCGUCAAAGGAGCUGACGGAGGAACAAAUGCAGGUUUUACGGCAUGAGGCCUCAUUCAACACAGCCGAUGCCAAACCUGCCAACAUGAUCGCAGCAGUGGAAUCAAUCCUCAGCCAGACGGGAGCGACAGACGAAACGAAGAACCUAAUUCGACACCAAGUGUCCUCCCUCCUCAUGGCUCAUAGGCCGCGCGAUGUACUUUCCAAGGUCGAGCGCGAUGCACUUAAGGAACUCAGGGCCGAUAACGACCUCGUUAUCGUGCCUGCGGACAUGGGGCGUUCAACGGUCGUAUUGGAUAGGACAGACUACAAUCAAAAAGCCAAAAGCUUGCUGGAGGAUCGUCAGUCCUAUGUCCCAUGCGAAUCCAACCCCAUGAAAACGCUGACACGCGAGAUUAACGCGACGCUGUUGGCAAUGGAGAACUCAGGUGCAAUAUCGCCAAUCGACCGACGCAUGGCGACAGCACAAGAAACGGCCCUAGCCCGAUUCUACGGUCUCCCAAAAGUGCACAAAGAGGGCGCUCCUCUCCGGCCUAUCGUAUCACUAAAGGGCACUCCAACCUACGGACUGGCAAAAUGGCUGUUCCAACGUCUCAAGUUUCUGACCUCCGAUUCGAACACCACAGUCAGCUCGUCAACGCAAUUCUUGGAGAAACUUAAAGGAGUAAGUCUCCUGCCAAGCGAUAUCAUGGUUUCCUUUGAUGUCACGUCCCUUUUUACUUCUAUCCCGCAGGACCUGGCAGUCGAGACAAUCGAACUACUCCUACGAGAGAAGUACGACGAAACGGAGAAUCGCCUCGGACACGCCCAAAUCAUCCAGCUCCUGAAGUUCUGUCUCAAGACGUACUUUACAUUCGACGGAACAAUCUACGGGCAGGUGAAGGGAACGCCAAUGGGUUCGCCGAUUUCGGGACUCAUAGCCGAGGCGGUCCUUCAACGGCUGGAGUCGCUGGUUUUCCGACACCACAGACCGCAAUUUUGGGCUCGGUAUGUGGAUGACACCUUCGUCGUCAUCGAACGGGAUCAGGUGCUGACUUUCAAAGAACAACUCAACGGCGUCUUCCCUGACAUUCAAUGUACGAUGGAGGAGGAGGAAAACAAUCAGCUGGCCUUCCUGCAUGUCCUCGUCUGCCACAAAGAUUGUGGUGGCCUAAAAACUAAAGUGUUCAGAAAAGCGACAAAUAAGACGCAAAUACUGAACUUCAAUAGCAACCACCCGAUCAGUCACAGAAGCACUUGCGUAAGGGCGCUAUACCGGCGUGUUGAGACGCACUGCAGUGAAAUGGAAGACAAGGUUGCUGAAUUACAAUAUCUUCGACGGGUAAUGAGAGCCAAUGGCUACCCGCGCAACUUUGUCAACCAGUGCAUACGAAAAGGACACCAGAGACCAAAUCCAACCAGCCCCAAAUUUUGA